UCAUACAAUCAACACAUCUCUUCCCCCUCCCCCCCAAAAAAAAAUUCCCCACCAUACACACGCAAGGAGCAAUGGCCUUCGCAAAUAAUGGAGGUUUAUGUGUACUAGUUCUGAGUGCCCUAAUGGUGGCCUGUACGGCAGGAAACUUCUACCAGGAUUUCGACUUAACAUGGGGUGAUCAUCGGGCAAAGAUAUACAAUGGAGGACAGCUUCUUUCUUUGUCUCUCGACAAAGUCUCUGGUUCGGGUUUCAGGUCAAAGAAAGAAUACCUGUUUGGUAGGAUCGAUAUGCAGCUUAAGCUCGUAGCUGGAAACUCGGCUGGAACCGUGACUGCUUAUUAUUUAUCAUCUGAAGGGCCCAUGCAUGAUGAGAUCGACUUCGAGUUCCUCGGGAACCUGAGCGGCGACCCCUAUAUCCUUCACACCAAUGUCUUCACUCAAGGGAAAGGAAACAGAGAACAGCAGUUUUACUUGUGGUUUGACCCCACCAGAAACUUCCACACUUACUCCAUCAUUUGGAACCCCCAACACAUAGUCUUCUUGGUGGACAAUAUCCCUAUUAGAGAGUUCAGGAAUGCAGAGUCCAUUGGAGUCCCAUUCCCGAAGAACCAGCCUAUGAGGAUCUACUCCAGCCUCUGGAACGCCGACGACUGGGCCACAAGAGGCGGCCUAGUUAAAACCGACUGGUCCAAGGCCCCAUUCACAGCCUACUACCGGAACUUCAAUGCCAUUCCAUCUUCCUCGAACUCAUUAUCGAAUAGCGCUCGCCAAAUGGCAACAGCUGGCCAGCUCGACACCACUAGCAGGAGGUGGCUCCGGUGGGUCCAGAAGUACUUCAUGACUUACAACUACUGCACCGACCUCAAGAGGUUUCCUGGGGGCCUUCCUCCCGAGUGCAGACAAUCAAGAUUCUGAUGGAUGGUCAUUGAAGGAGUCUGUUAUUCUUUGUUCAUGGGUUCCUCUGUUUUACAUUUCGAUUACCUUGUCUUGAUUGGAUUGCUCAUUACCUUAGAUGCCUCAAAUAAAGUAAAUAUGUUCUCAUUUGCUUCA